UUUUGCAUGGGAUGAAGGUGGAUGAAUUAAUAUUGGUGUCGACGAUGCUGAUAAAGGGCAAUAAUUGUCGGAGACUGAUCACAGUUGCAAACAAAAAAUUGACCAUGAUGUCCAAACAACAUUGGUCCAGUGUCGAAUCCAUGCAUGCAAAACAAGUUACGGCCGUAUAUUAACGGAGAAGGAAACUUGAAGAGGAAGCUUGAACAUGAAAGCUUAAAGAGGAAGCAAAGUUGGAUCUAGCAUUCGAAUACUGAUCGGAAACUGAUCAUACUCACUCCGGUGAACUGCUCCGGCAGAUUACUUUUUGGCAAUCCAAUGGUGGUCAGACUUUGGUCAAGGAACACAAUGAUUAAAAACAUGUCUGAUGUCACAAUGAAAGUGGAUGUGAUGGUGCAUCCUGGCAACUUUCCAUCAGAGGCGAGUCCAAGUGAAAUCCCAGCUGGUGAGCACAGGUAUAUCUGCUAUGCGGAUAUUGGCAUUGAAUACAAUCCGGACCGUGACUUUGAAGUGCUCGCUUACUUUGAGGGUGCCCAGGAAAAGGAUAAGAAAAGCAUAUCGCCAUCCGAGAUAAGGGAUAACGCGAGAAUUGAAUUGAACUACCUGAGCGGAACUGUCACUGCCCUUCCUAUUAAGGGAAAGAUGAUUGCAAUGAACGGAGCUGUUAUCGUCAUGAAAAGCACAGCUAGAAAGAUGAUCAAGACAUUGUGGAAAUCGGAAGAUCAUUGAUGACAGAAAGUGGUGUUUGAUUUUGUCCCGUUUAAAUAGUGAGAUGAGAUAAGAUAAGUUGAGAUGAUUUGUAAAUAAUAAUGAGAAAAGAUGGGAUAUAUAAAGUUUUAUCUCACAUCUGUAUUUAAACGGCCCGGGUUGCAUUAUGUAUACUUUCUUCUUUUAUUUUACUUAGUUGGUAUGUUGAACAUGAUCAUGAUCAGGAUUUUUCUUUA